CGUUAUUUUAUUUUCCCAUAUUUUAAUAAUAUUAAUCUUGUCGUGAUACGAUACACUCUUAAAUAUCUCUAUAUUUUUAAAAAUCUAAUUAAAAUAAAGUGAUACUUAUUUUCAUUUCAUCUUUGCUACAGAAUACAAAAUUAUAUAUUAAUAUAUAAAAAGCUUGUGAUAUAGUUAACUUGACCUUGCUAGUUCUUUUCCGUUCAGCUACCGCGAUUGGAACAUGUCUUACUCACCUGAAAGAAGAUCAGAAGAUUGGCCGGAGGAUGCCAAAAAUGGGCCAAAGGAUCAAGGAAAUUAUGAUGGUCCUCCAGGCAUGGAACCUGAUGGAGCACUUGAUACUAACUGGCAUCAGGUCGUCGAGAGUUUCGACGAUAUGAAUUUGAAGGAGGAGUUAUUGAGAGGGAUAUAUGCUUAUGGUUUUGAAAAGCCGUCGGCAAUCCAACAACGCGCCAUUAUGCCUUGCAUUCAAGGUCGCGAUGUUAUCGCCCAAGCCCAGUCCGGUACUGGCAAAACUGCUACCUUUUCUAUUUCAAUCCUUCAGCAAAUUGACACUAGUAUUCGAGAAUGCCAGGCCUUAAUUUUGGCCCCAACCAGAGAAUUGGCUCAACAAAUCCAGAAGGUGGUGAUUGCUCUGGGUGAUCAUUUGAAUGCUAAAUGCCAUGCUUGCAUUGGUGGAACCAAUGUUCGUGAAGAUAUCCGUCAAUUGGAGAGUGGUGUACAUGUUGUGGUCGGCACUCCUGGCCGUGUUUAUGAUAUGAUCACCCGUCGUGCCCUGCGUGCUAAUACUAUAAAAUUAUUUGUUCUUGAUGAAGCAGAUGAAAUGUUGUCUAGAGGAUUCAAAGACCAAAUUCAUGAUGUAUUCAAGAUGUUGUCUGCUGAUGUGCAAGUGAUUUUACUGUCUGCUACCAUGCCUGAUGAUGUGUUAGAAGUUUCCCGAUGCUUCAUGAGAGAUCCAGUCCGCAUUUUAGUGCAAAAAGAAGAGCUUACCUUGGAAGGUAUCAAACAAUUUUUCAUCGCAAUUGAAAUGGAAGAGUGGAAGUUAGAAACACUUUGUGAUCUGUAUGACACCCUCUCUAUUGCUCAGGCUGUAAUUUUCUGCAAUACGCGUCGUAAGGUGGACUGGCUCACUGAGUCUAUGCAUGAGCGUGAUUUUACCGUGUCUGCCAUGCACGGUGACAUGGAUCAACGUGAACGUGAAGUUAUCAUGAGGCAGUUCCGUACUGGAUCUUCUCGUGUGCUGAUUACAACUGAUCUGUUGGCCCGGGGUAUUGAUGUGCAACAAGUGUCCUGCGUUAUCAAUUAUGAUCUGCCAACUAAUCGCGAAAAUUAUAUCCAUAGAAUUGGAAGAGGUGGUCGUUUCGGCCGUAAGGGAAUUGCCAUUAACUUUGUGACUGAAGCUGAUAAGAGAGCAUUGAAAGACAUUGAGGACUUCUAUCAUACAACUAUUACAGAAAUGCCUAGUGACGUGGCUAAUCUCAUUUAAGGUGUCAACACUCUCUCCGUUUAUAAUUUGUGUCCUACCUUUUAUUGAAAAAAUUAUAAGGUGUGAGUAUUAGGAGAUACUUCCUAAAUACCAUUGUGCCGAAUUUUUUUUAUUGGAACUAAUUUUUAUUUUGACGGAUAUAUUUUGUUUUAGUUUAAUGAUCACGUUAUACUAUAGACCUAUAAGUUUAAUAAUAAUAAUAAUUAGGUGUAAGACCGGCUCGGCCGGAUGGCCCCCGUUCCGCGCGGGCCUCUCUGCCGAUUGCAGAGAGGUCUCAUCGGGUACUGGAGAGGCUAUUUCAAUCACAAACGUACUAGAAGAAAACAAUGUAUUGUAUCUCUUUCCAGAUGUACAUAAUAUGGUAACUGUUUUUGUAAUACGCUAAAUAAAUAUAAUGAAAUAAUCUUA